AUGAGAUGUUUCUUCUCCGUGCAGGAGAAAUUCCAGGCUCACGUGAAGAUCCUGAAGGACAGGAGAGAAAAGCUCUUGGGGUUGAAGACGGCAGAGGAAGGGAAAAGCCUGGAGUUCCUGGAACAAGUGGAAAGGGAGCGGCAGAAGGUGGUGUCCAGGAUCAAGGAGCUCCAACAGUUCUUGGAGGGACAGGAACGGCUCCUCUUGGACCGACUGGUGAAGCUGGACCAGGAGAUCACCAGGAGGCAGGAGGAGAGCAUCGGCAAGCUCUCGGAGGAGAUCUCAUCCGUCGGCGAGCAGAUCCGUGAGCUGGAGGAGAAGUGCCAGCAGCCGGCGUGUGAGUUCCUCCAGGACAGCAGAAACAUCUUGAGCAGGCUUGAGAAGGAUCGUGCCCUGAAGCCAGCAGAGACAUCACCUGAGUUGGGAGAUGAACCCACCGGUCUUCCUCCGAAAAAUAUCGCCCUGAAGGAGAUGCUGAUGAAAUUUCAAGUAAGUCUGACCCUGGAUCCCGAGACGGCGCAUCCCCGCCUCGUCCUCUCCGAGGAUCUCAAGGGCGUGAGAUGGGACGACACCCGGCAACCCGUCCCCGACAACCCCAAGCGCUUCGACUCGUCUCGCUGCGUCCUUGGCCACCAGGGUUUCACGGCGGGGAGGCACUACUGGGAGGUGGAGGUGGGCGACGGGGAAGCCUGGGCUGUCGGGGUGGCCAAAGAGUCGGUGAAGAGGAAGGGACGCAUCAGCGUCAACCCCAAGGCGGGGAUCUGGGCGGUGGGACAGUGUGGGAGCCAGUACCAAGCUCUGACCUCUCCCACCAUCCCCAUCUCCUUGCUGGUCGCUCCCAAAGUGAUCGGGAUCUACCUGGACUACGAGGAGGGGCGAGUGGCGUUCUUCGACUCCAAGAACGAGGCGCCCAUCUUCACCUACCCCCCGGCAUCCUUCGCGGGGGAGCAAAUCCUCCCCCUGCUCUGCUUGGGGAGGGGCUGCCAGUUCAUGCUCUCCCCCUGA